UUCACAUCUCCAUUUCUCUCUCCUCCCAAAUUCAAAACUGCCCGUCACAAUCCGACCCGACCCGUUUUUCCAUUUUCUAACCGCUCGGAGUCACCAUCACCAUGCCCGCCGAAACCGCCGUCGUCAAGGCCAAGAAGCCGCGAUCGCCGCCCGCUCACCCUCCCUUCGUCGAGAUGAUCACGGAGGCGAUUGUGGCCCUGAAGGAGAGGACUGGUUCGAGCCAGUACGCCAUCGCCAAAUUCGUGGAGGAGAAGCACAAGCAGUUGCCUCAGAGCUUCAAGAAGCUUCUGCUCCUCAACCUGAAGAAGCUCGUCGCCUCCGGCAAGCUCGUCAAGGUCAAAGCCUCCUUCAAGCUCCCUCCUCGCUCCGCCGCCGCUGCGGCGGCUGCUCCGGCCAAGGAGAAGACCAAGCCGGAAGCUUCCAAGCCUAAGAAGUCCGCCGCUGCCAAGACUACUACUAAGCCCAAGGCCAAAACCGUCGCGAAGCCCAAGGCGGUGGCGAAGCCCAAGACCAAGGCUUUGGCGGUGGUUGCGAAGGCCAAGGCGGCGGCGAAGCCCAAGGCCAAGGCCAAGGUGGCUAAACCUGCUGCUGCCAAGGUGGCGAGGACGUCGUCGAGGACUUCGCCGGGGAAGAAGGUCGAGGCAAAAGCCAAGGCGGCGAAGAAGCCGGCGGCGACUAAGGUCGUGAAGAAGCCGAAGAGUGUGAAGUCUCCGGCGAAGAAGAAGGUUCAGCCGAAGAGGGGCAAGAAGUGAGAGAGAACGAGAGAGGGGUAGUGUUGUGUAAAUUUGUUUAAGGCUUGAGGGUAGUUUCGGAAUGGAAAAAGAAGCAAGGGAUAACAGUUUGUUUGUCACACAAAUUUGUAGGAUGGUUUUCCUGGUUGUUAUUUGUUGACUUGUAAUGACUUCUAUAUUAGUUUAAUGGCGCUUAUUCUUCUUCUUCUUCAAAUCAAAUCAAAGUGUGUUUCACCA